AGACCCACAACUUUUGAAAAAAAUAAAGAAAUUAGAAAUUUUUGAAUUUUAAAUAUUAGAUGGCACCACUCUAUUUUGAAAAUUGACGGUUAGGCAAUGUCGAAGUCCGGAAGAAAUCAAAGGAAACGUGCCAUUUGGUGUCCGUUUUUCUCCAUCGUCUUGGGAUCGAAAAAGUCGACAGAAGUUUUAUUUUACUGUGUUGAUAGCCCACAAUUUUUUGCAUCUGUAAAGACAGUGGGUGUAGAUUGUAUUGUCCUUUCAGCCGCACGACGAAACGAAUGGAAGCUUAAGGAAUUCUCGUCCACACAGGAACAAACCUCGUUGACGAUUUCACUAGAAAGAGAAAAGGAAGAUUUUUUUUACAAAUCAGAAGAAGAGAUUUCUCGGGAAACAUUUGGUGAUGUAUCGAAUUCCUUAGUGUUUGUGGUAACAAGUAUGGUUCAUUAAAUAAUCAAGAGCAUUUCUGUGUACAAAAUGAAGAAUUCUUUUCGAGAAAACAGAAGAAGAGUCGAAGGAUGUGUUCGACUUUUGUUGUUAACAUUAAAGCCAGUGUUAAGAAAUCAUACAAGAAUAUAUCAACAAAGAAACCGUUUUUGGUGCAAGUGAAGAAAAAUUGAGAAAUCUACGAAGACAUUUUAAAAUUAUUUUCCAAAUAUUUGUUUGUUUUUAUUUUUUGCAAAAUAAACUCUAUAUUGUUUUCAGAAAGUGUAUAAAUUAUAUUAACUUUUGAUAUUGUUAAUGCUUUUUGGUAAUUCGUGUAAAUAGUUAUUGUUUCUGGUGUGGUGGUAACCUUGUGUAGGUUUAAGCUUCAAAUUUUAUGUAAAAAACUUACCAGAAAAAGUACAUUUUUUUCUAUCUACAUCCAAAACUUAACAAUACUUUUGAAAUAGUGUGCUUAAAUUUAAAUAUUUGAUUGGCAAUAAAUUGAAGAAAGAUUCGAUCUAGACUGCUUUUAAUAUUUAUAUUUGUCGUAUUUUACAGGUUUAAACAUUCAGAGGAGAAAGAAUGGGAAGUAUCAAUGUGACAGUUGCAAGAAAGAAUUCGUUUCGAAGUAUAAUUUAAAAUAUCAUCAG